AUGCCCGACCUGGCACUCAAGUUUCGCCCCGCGACACGCGACGACGUGGAAACACUCCUCCCGCUCAUCCGCUCCGCCUACCGCGGUGAGGAGAGCCGCGCGGGUUGGACCACCGAGGCAGACCUGGUGGAAGGCGAGCGCAUCGACGCAACGGGUCUGCUGCAGAAGAUCGAGACGCCAGACUCAGUAGUGCUGGUCGUCACGGACGAGCAGGACAUCCUGCUCGCGUGCUGCGAGGUUGUCUGGCACGCCGAUGCCGACGCCGGGUAUUUCGGCCUGUUUGCCGUCGACCCCAAGCGCCAGGGCGGUGGUGUGGGCAAGCAGGUCCUGUUGUAUGCGGAGGAUUAUGCGAAGCGCCAGUGGGGUGCGCGGAGGAUGGAAAUGACGGUCAUCUGGCCCAGGGCAGAUAUCAUUGCCUACUACGAGAGGAGGGGGUUCAAGAAGACUGGGGAACAGAGGCCGUUUCCGUACGAGCUUCUGGCGCUUAUCAACGGGAGAGGUCUUAGGGAUGAUCUUUAUUUUGAGGUCCUGGUCAAGGACCUGGAGGCUUGA